CACUUAUUGAUUGUAAUUUUAUAGCUCAUCACUGUAAAGUAAAUUACCAUAUGCCCGAGGCAUGUAUCGUAUAUUCAAAUUUAAGGCAACAUUUUUUUACACAAACAUAAGUAUAAACGUCGCCAUUUUUGGAGAUUCAUGAAGUCUGGCUAGUUGCAUCUAAAUGGAGUGUUAUAAUUAUUAUGUACAUAUAGAUUUACAUGCAUGCAUUCAAAUGGCUAUAUGCCAGAGUACGUAUAUAAUAAAAUAAUAAUGACUAUACCGUAUUACUAGAAUAUUUUGCGAGUGAAAAACCUUUGCGAAUGAACCAAAUCAGCAGAAAUUUUGACCCUUUGCGAUCUGCGUUCUGGCAAGGAUCGUGUGUAAUAAUUUAGGUUUUGCGAUUUUAUUGUUGCGAAUCGAUCAACCCUCGCAAAGUUCGCAUAUGUUUGAUGCUCGCAAAACAUUCUAGUAAUACGGUAUACUAUCCAGGGCUACUAUACAAAACGUGCCUCAGAACAGCAGUAAAUAAUACUUUAGUGUCAAGUUAUGGAGGCGAAACAAUUGUGUAUGACUGCAUGCAUGCAUGCAUGCAAAGUUUAAUCAAUUGUCAUAUAGAUCUACAUAACGUGACAGAGAAAGAGUGUCAUUAAUAAUUAUGUUGAUAUUUGAUAGGUUUAAGAGUAUUCAUUAGCUCACAUGCAGAAAUGAUGCAGAUGCAUGUGGGCUGCACAGCAUGACAAUGAUUAGAAUGGUCAAAUGAGGUAACAGUAUAAAUUAUACAGCCUCUUAUAUACAUGAAGAUUUUGAGAGCUCACUAGAGCUAUACUGUACCAGUGUCUAUGCACGCGUUGCAACUAUUAUAAGGAGCACUAUACAAUUCUGUAAGAAGGGGGUGAUGUCUAGGAAGAUUACAGUCAAUGAUUUGAAGGUAGAAAAAGAAGUGACAGAUGAGCAACUGCGACAGAAAUGUGCUAUUGAGCAUCUGAAGGAUAUUGCACCAGAUGUCGAAAGCUACAAAAAAUUUGCCAAGCACUACGAGAUUCCCAAAGGUGAGCUAGCUGAUAUCACUGAUCCCUUGAAAUCUGUUGUCGAGAAAACUGAGGCUGUGGUCCUGUGGUGGAGAGAAUUCAACCCGGAUCCUACAUACUUGCGGUUUGUAAAUGACUGUCUCAAGCUUAGGGAACCCAACCUAGCACGUAAAAUGUGCAGCCUUUGCAAAACAGGUGUUGAAGAAGAUCCUGAGCCAAAUUCAGAUACCAAAGCCAAAGAUUCCCCCUAUAAAUCUGCAAGCAAUUCUCCAUCUUCUUCACAGCUUUCCAAGAUAGAGGGGAUGCAGAUAUUUUGUACCACUGACGAUGAGAAACUGGAGCAGAUUGACCAAGAUGAUGCCUCCAACAUCCCAACAGAUGCUCAGGGUGGGGUAGCACGACUCCACUUACUGUGGGAUGUGGAGCAAAUUCCUAAGCUGAAGAUACAUUUCUUGAAUGACGGCAUUCUUAAGGACGAUCACUGGAAAUGUGGGAAUGCGGGUCUCUUAACAGUUGACACUAUCCUGGCUUGGGCUGCUGUCUGGAAUAGCCAUGCUGACAACUACCCACAGAUUGCUGAGGGACUAGCAACAAAGGAAAAAGCCCAUAUCCGUGUGGAAUUUCGGAGGAAAGAGAUCUCAUGGUCAAAGGUUGGAACCGCAGCCACCUGGGAAACUGACAAAAAGAAACCAACGAUGGUGCUCAACUUGUAUGGCAUGACAAAAGCUGACCAGAGAAGCAUGGUAAUUCACGAGUUUGGCCAUGCUCUGGGCCUGGAUCACGAGCAUCAGCGAUCCGACUUCUGGGAUGUGUUAAAGCGAUUCAUUAUUCCAAAAAGUGAUAUGGAAGAUGGAGUAAAGUGCAAAAAAGCUUGUCCCGCUGUGUUCAGAUCCGACAAUAACGAUGCACCGUCGUAUGGAUCUGAAUACGAUCCUGACAGCAUUAUGCACUAUUGGUUUGACAGGAACUGGUUGCUACCGAAGUAUCGAAAGCGAGCAGAUGUGGCCAAGCAUGUGACAAAUGAGCGGGAUAGGAAGGUGCUGUUUGGAGUUCAUGACCGUGACUACCACAAUGGGCGGCAGGCAGAAAAUCCUUCCAAUCUUGACUACGAAACAUUGAAUGGAGCGUAUGGUACUAAAGCAGUACAUGGUUCCCAACAUGGUGCCCCAGUGGCUGCUACUGCAAGUUUUCUACAGGGUGAUCAAUCUGGUGCACAACCGGAAGAUCCUAUAGCCUUAAGUCAUCGCAAAAGAGCUUUGGCAUCAGAUAAAGAAGUUGAAACUCCUUCAAAGCGUUGGAAAGAGGAUAUCGCAUUGUCAUCAGUCGAGGGGCAUCCUAACAAAAACCGUCCUCCGAUCCCAUUGUACUUACUGGAAAGGAUGUUCAAACAAUUUGUGUGACGUUGGUGAACGCAUGCAAUAAUUGGUUCAAUUUGGGAUUGGCUCUUGGAAUGAACUAUGACCAGUUGGAAUCUAUCCAAGAUCAAUUCCGUGACAAUAGUGGUCGCCUAACAAAGAUGAUAGCCAAGCGUCUUUCAGUCACUGAUCAAACAAAUCCAAUGACAUGGUCUUACAUCUGUGAAUGCCUAAGGCGUCCUACAGUAAUGCGUUAUGAUGUAGCAGAAGCAAUUGAAAGAGAAAAAGGACUAUAAAUAUAGCUAUAUAAAUUAUGGUAGAAAUGAGCUAUAUAAAAUUAAUUAUGGUAGAAAUGAAUAGUUGUUUAAUAGGUUGUUUAAUAGUUAUUUAUAAUUAUAGCCAUUAACACAAUACUGCAUGCAUGCUUAAUUGCACAGUCUUGUUUCUAUAUUAUUUUAUUGACAUACCAGAUACCGUAUAUAUAGCGGGUAUAUAUUUUCAAGAGUAUAAAUGUUCGUGGUCUUUGCGGAUUAAGUAUGUACCGCAGACAUUUAUAACCGCGAAUUUAAUAUUGCAUGCAUGUAUGCUGCUGCUGCUCCACGAAACUUAAAUCCGCGAAAACCUUUCUAAAGGCAUUUCCGCGAAAAUUUACACCCUUGAAAUAUCGUGGCCAGAAUAUAGUUUAUAUAUAGUUCGUAUGCGCAUAUGCAACGUGCAUUACGUUGUAUCAUGCAUGGCCUAGCCUUCUCCAUAGGCCUCAAGGAAAGAAGGAGCUAGUGCCUCCUCUACCGCUAAGGGGUACGUCGGCACAUGUAACUUAGUAUGCUGGUUUGAAAUUGUGGACCGUAUAUCUAUAGAACACUAUAAUUAUAGAAACCACAUGUACUACAAAAAGCAAUGGAUAGAUUUGUGGCGGUAAGACUAGGUGAUGACCAAUCGUCCUCUAGCAAAGCUACAUGUAGCAAAAUACCGUGUCUUGUAGAUAAUGUUGGGUCUAUACUCUCUCUCUCUCUCUCUCUCUCUCUCUCUCUCUCUCUCCCUCUCCUAUAUUCCCCUUUCUUUUGGGUAGGAAGCUUCCCCCCCCCCCCCACUAGAUGAAACCCUGCCUGUGCGAGGGGUUGUCCAGAUAUGUCUUCAGGGAAGGCCGUUCUCUUGUGCGAUCCUCGAUAUCUGAAUAUAUCAAUCGGUAUAUAUAGGCCUGUGCCGAAUUUUCAAAUUUGUUUACCUAUUUGUUUACCUAUUAUUCUUUUCACUUCAUCAGCCUAUUAUUCGUAUUAUUUCAAUAAUUAUUAUGAUACAUAAUUUAUACUGCAUACACACAGCAGCGAAAUAAUUAUUAUAAUUAUAGCACCAUUUCAGCAAUGAACGACGAACAAUGUGUGAAACUAGUUGGGUGUGGUCCGACCUUCCGUUAGGGUGGGAGGUUGGGUUGCAAGCUUAUCUUGGAUUUGUUCUGCCACUAUAGUGGCACCAUAUCAGAUUGCAGCAUUUUGCAUGUGGUUGGUUACACUUUCUUGGUUACACUUUCGUUUGUAUCUAGUUGCAAAACCCGCAUGCAGUAUCCUUACUAUGCUGUGGUUUAGCCACGUCACGAAGUCAGUUAGCACCUAUGCACUUGAGUAUAAAAACAGUGUUACAUAUAAUUAGUGUGAAACCACAUAAUUAGAUUGCCAAAUCUAUUUUUGGGGCUGUGCUUAAUUUCACAGCUUACUACAAACACUUAUCGCCACUUAGAGCACCACUAUAAUUAUAUAUUUGUGGCGCAGUCAACACAAAUAUAAAUUGGCCAGACCCUAUCAAUUAAUCUACUUGACAGUUACAAUGCAGCAGAACAAAUCCAAGAAGCUUGCAAUCUGACCUACUAUCCUAAUGGACGUUCGGGCCACGCCCAACUAGUGUGAAACUGCAUAAUUAGAUUUGCCAAAUCUAUUCUAGCUAAGCAGGUGCGGGCUGGGGCUGUGCGGUUUCACAGCUUACUGACAAACACUUAUCAGCCACUUAGAGCUCCACUAACAUAUUUGUUGCGCGGUAAACACAAAUCUGUAUGGUGAUACCCUACUCUUGAAUUGUGUCUGCAUGGCUUUCGCGAAACUAGAUUAGCAUGAGAUCAUAACUUAGAACUACAGUGGAACUUCGAUCCGUAAAACUUGGCCAUUAUAGGCCACUAUUAAUGAAAGCCAUGCUUCCGGUCACCUCCCUAACGGCUUCUCUAGCUCGAAAAGGCUGUAUGGACGAGCUACAGCUAAGUUUUCAUGAUUGUGCCAAAUAAUGCUGCUACGCAAUGGUCAAUGGUUGAAGUUUCCUGUAUUCAAAUUGUUAGAAGAUAUUUGCCAAUCCACUUUUUUCUCUUCCUCUAUUCUUUGGUACGGUGGUUCACCACAGUAAUACUGUGCUCCAAGGUUUUGCAGCUAAGAUUUCUAUAAUACAAACAGCUUUCUUCAGGUAAACAGCUCUAGCUAUUCCUUUCAAUGUCAUCUUAGAUCUACACGUGUUAUAACUUGCUUGCACUCCAAUUUUAAUAGAGUAUAGAUUCCAGUAAUUUCCAAUGACUUUCUACUCACUAUCCUAUAAUAACUGAUGACAAAUAACAUAAUUAUGGGCAGUUGACUAGCGCAAAGACCAAGUGGUACAAUAUUGCAUUUGCUUUGGGGUUUUUUGACACUUCGAAUGGAAUUAAAAUAUAAAUAUCGUGUAAAAACUGGCAAAGCUAGCACUCGAUCUCCAGGAAAUGCUUAAAAAUUGGUUAAUAUAGAGAAGCAGACCAACCUGGGAGAAGGUGUGUGCUUCUUUACGCUCUCUAACUGUUGGAAUGAGUGUGCUGGCAACAAUUAAUUACACGAUGUCAUAAAUAAAUACAGGGUGUGCUAUUAAUUACCACUCACUAGACUUUGAUCGUAAUUAUGACUGUAGGUGCUCAGAGUGAACCUAAACUUGUUACCAGAACUGAAGAGGCAACACAAUCUGGU